AUGGAGACACAUCCAUUGUUCCAACAUCCAAGUACCAGGCUCUCGAUGGAUGAAGAAAGACAUCUGACCAUCAAAAGAAUGUACGCUCUAUACAAUGAACAGUUUGCAUCAUUUGAAAAGAUAGCUGCUGAGCCUUGCAUCUUUCAAGCUGAGUCAGAGGCAAUGUUCAUGUUCAAUAGUUCUCUGGCUGUUAAAAUUGCGCUAACAUUCCGUAUGUUCGCUAACUCCAUACAAGGCAGCGGGCGCGCCCAUCACUAUCACUUUUAUAGAGGACAUUCAGAAAGCGAAGAUAGGAGGCUGGACCCAAAGACACUGAAGCUAUACCCGGGAGUGAUUGCUGGUGAUAUUGGAGAGAAGAUUGGAUUAAACGGUCUUGAUAAUGGGUUUGUCAUGUUCAAUAAUUACCAUAUACCCAAAGAAAAUGCAUUGGAUAAACUCGGUGGGGUUGAUGAUAAUGGAGAUUAUAAGACUCCCUUCAGAGAUCCCAACAAGAGGUUCGGAGCAGCCCUUGGCAUACUCUCUGGCGGUCGUGUGCUCAUAACUUCUAUAUCAACGAACUAUUUACAAAAGGCUAUAGUGAUAGCAAUCAGAUAUUCAGCGGUGAGGAAACAAUUUGGUCCGGAGAACUCUAGUGAGGAAAUACCAGUACUAGAAUAUCAGCAACAGCAAAUCCGACUCCUGCCUCACCUGGCUGCUACAUACGCGUACAGAAUCUUCUGCACCUGGUUUGGUGUUCAAGAGAACGCAGCAGCUCGUGGUAUAGAGGUGCACGCUCUGUCGUCAGCGGUGAAGCCGGUGUGUGGCUGGGGCGCUCGGGACGGGAUACAGGCGGCCAGGGAGGCGUGCGGGGGACAUGGCUACCUCACGGCGGCGGGUAUCGGUGAUCUUCGUAAUGAUAACGACGCUAACUGCACGUACGAGGGUGAGAACAGUUUGCUGCUGCAGCAAACGAGCAACUGGCUGCUUUCCGUGUGGCCCAGGAGGGGGGAGAUAACAUCUAAAGACACGCCACUUGGCACCUUGGAGUUCUUGGAGAACGUUGAUGAAGUGGUACAGAGGACUUGUCCUUGGGAAGGAGACGACCUUAUAGAUCCUUCCUUACAGGUGACUGAUCUAACCGUGAUGUACAAGUGGUUGACGGCCUACUUACUGAAAAUAACGUAUGAGAAAGUGAGUCAGUUGAAACGAAAUGGAAAAGACAACUGGGAGAGUAAGAACGACUCACAGUCUUACUACUACGCUGUUAUGUUAUCAGUUGUUUAUGGAGAGAAUUAUAUUGUCAACCAUUUCUACAAGACAGCGAAAUCAUUCGGAGAUGAGAAGUGUAAAGCGGUAUUGCUCAAACUGAUGUCGCUGUUCGCCGCUUACAGUCUUGAGAAACAUAUGGCGACGUUGUUCAUUGGAGGCUACUUCUCAUCACGUCAGGGUGUGGACCUUCGUGCUGGUGUUCUCCGUCUGUGUGAAGAGCUGUCUCCUCAAGCCGUCUCUCUAGUAGACAGCCUCGCGCCUCCCGACUUCUGUCUCAAUUCAGUACUUGGACAUUCUGAUGGACAGGUAUACAAGCAUUUACAGGACAGUGUAAUGUCUUAUCCGGAAGCUAUGAGCCGUCCUCACUGGUGGAAAGAUGUGGUGACAUCCGCGGAUUCUAGUCAUAUUAUAAAAAACAUAGAGAUUAGUAAAGAUUUGCAAGAUCUCCUCAAGGACUUGAUAAAUUAUUUGGUAAAAAGACAUGACGUCACCUGCCUCACAGUUGUAUGUGAUCCCGUAUAUUUGAACAUCUUCGAAGGAGCUUUGUUUAAACGAAUAUUCACAGUGCCGAAUAUUAUGUUCCGUUUUCCCAAUCUGAUCAAAGAAAUAUUCAUACCACGACGCGUCGACAUUUGGAGACGAAAUAAAUUUCAUUACGGCAGAGACCUAUUCGCCGAUAAAACUGGGAAUCUUUAUAAUGAAGUAUUAAAUGUGGUGUACCUUGAUCACGUGCCUUCAGUAGUCGUUACUAAAUCAAACACUACAAAUGAAGUAGGAGGUGUUGAGAUAGAAAUUCUCAAUACUUUAGCUCAGAAAAUGCAUUUUAAACCAAAGUUAUAUGAACCAAUCAAUGCCGAAUCACAGAAAUGGGGUCACAAACAAGAUAAUGGUUCAUUUUCUGGUCUCCUCGGUGAAAUGGUUAAUAGUAAGGCUGAUGUUGCCCUUGGAAAUUUACAAUAUACCCCUUACCAUCUUGAAAUGACUGAUUUGAGCAUACCAUACACGUCUCAAUGCUGGACAUUUCUUACACCAGAAGCCUUAACUGAUAAUUCUUGGAAAACCUUGAUUUUACCAUUUAAAUUGAACAUGUGGAUCGCAGUUUUAUUGGUUUUACUUGUAACGGGUUCUAUAUUUUAUGGUCUAGCGAUAUACUACAUGAACCUUUUAAAUUAUAAAGGUGUUUCUGAAGGUUUCGAAGCCAACGACCGCAAAAUGUCAUAUACAAAACCUGUUGGGCUUUAUUUGUUCGGUGAAAUAUCAAAUAGUAUCCUAUAUACUUACGGAAUGUUGGUUGUUGUAUCUUUACCGAAGUUACCGACGGGCUGGUCCAUUCGUUUACUUACCGGAUGGUACUGGCUGUAUUGUAUCUUGUUAGUUGUGUCUUACAGAGCUAGUAUGACUGCUAUUUUAGCUAAUCCAACACCCAGAGUCACUAUAGAUACGUUACAAGAAUUGGUAGACAGUAAAAAAUAG